CAACUUGGAGGGAAAAAGUCAAAGAAUCAAUCAUAUUAUGGUUUCCUUAGAGGACUCCCACAACUGUGCUGAAAACAGAAUGUCUUCCCUAUAUAUAAAUAUUAGCCAAUGGCAACAGAGCACAAGACACCAAGCACCCAUGCACACGCUUCCUAUCAAGAUGAAAAGAGGACUACUAGUACUUUCGUCCUUGUUCUGCAUCAGUGUGGCAAACACAACUACUGGCGACAAUCCCAAACACCCUCUUGAGUUUGAUCAACUGAACAUAUCCACGAAAUAUGUUCCAGAAAAACAGCAUGCCUCUAUGAACAACGGCACUACCAGUCCUUCAGUGCAUAAUGGCUUGCAAGAUUAUCUGCGGGAGAAAGAUAAGAUCAGAGCAAUGCCAGGUCAGCUGGAGGAAGUGGAAUUUGACCAAUAUGCAGGAUAUAUCACGGUGGAUGCAAAUGCUGGAAGGGCUUUGUUCUACUAUUUUGUUGAAGCUCCUCGAGAUCCUUUAAAUAAACCACUAGUCCUCUGGCUGAAUGGAGGACCUGGCUGUUCAUCCUUUGGAGCUGGAGCCAUGCUAGAACUUGGACCCUUCUCUGUCCAUAGUGACAACAAGACACUGUACAAGAAAAGGCAUGCAUGGAAUACAGUGGCCAAUAUGCUGUUUGUUGAGAUCCCAGCUGGUGUUGGGUACUCAUACUCUAACACAACGUCAGACUAUCACAACACUGGCGACAAAAGAACCACAGAGGAUGCAUACAGUUUCCUUGUCAAUUGGAUGGAGAGAUUUCCCGAGUAUCGUGACCGUGAUUUCUUCAUAAGUGGUGAGAGCUAUGCUGGCCACUAUGUACCAGAGCUAGCUAAUUUGAUUGUGUCUAACAACAGAGACAGCAAUGCAACCAGUGUCAUGCUUAGAGGUGUUGCAAUCGGCAAUGCAGACUUGCAUGACAAUUUAACUCUAAGAGCAUCAUUUGACUACUACUGGAUGCACGCUAUGAUUUCUGGAAAAACUUACAGAACCAUCCAGGCCAACUGUGGCUUCAAUGAGACAUACACUAAUGAUUGCCUGAAUGCCAUGAACUUAGCUAUCAAGGAAAAAGGUAAUGUUGAUGACUACAAUGUCUAUGCACCACAAUGUCAUGAUGCCUCCAAUCCUCCUAGAUCAAGUGAUUCGGUGGUGUUUGGUGAUCCUUGCACAAACCACUAUGUCUCCUCUUAUCUAAAUCGUCUUGAGGUCCAAAGGACCCUACAUGCAAAUACAACAGGGUUGAGCUACCCAUGGAUGGAUUGCAGUCAGCUUGUAUUUGAUAACUGGAACUGGAAGGAUUCACCAGAGACCAUGCUGCCAUCAAUCAAGAAACUCAUUUCGAGUGGCACAAGGGUAUGGCUGUACAGUGGUGAUAUGGAUGCGGUGUGUUCUGUCACCUCAACCCAAUACGCACUAGACAUUCUUGGCCUGCCCACAGAAACAUCUUGGCGUCCGUGGCGCAUUGACAAUGAGGUUGCAGGCUAUGUGGUCGGGUACAAGGGCCUGGUGUUUGCGACAGUCAAAGGAGCUGGGCACAUGGUCCCUUACUACCAGCCUCGCAGGGCUCUAGCGAUGUUCUCAUCCUUCCUUGAAGGAAAGCUUCCACCACAAUGAUCUAAUAAGCUACAGGGAUUUUAAGUGUUACACAAUCCCAUGGGACCAUAGACAACUACUAGUAGCUUGGGUUCAGUUCAAAUUUUCUGCAGAAGCGAAGGAAAUGAUGUAAUUUUGCUCUAAAUUGAGUUCUUUCAAGUGUACAGGAGGGUCGGUUUAGCUCUCCUAUAUAGCUAACAUAAUUCAGGUGGUAGUACAAAAUCAUUGGAAAACAA